AUGCCGACUAGAUCGGACCCUUUGGAGAAAUGGGGUACAUGUCUUGUGGGAUAUUUUGUUGAUAAGGGAGUAGGUUAUAAUUAUCUACGGAAUAGUGCUUUUGGGGUGUGGAAAACUAAAGGUCAGAAGGAAGUACUUACAAAUGGAGAUGGCUUCAUGUUCCUCAUCUUUGAUACCCCUGACAGUUGUAGAGAAGUCCUUGAAGGAGGCCCGUGGUACAUAGGAGGGUAUCUUCUCAUUCUGAAACAAUGGAAAAGAAUGAUGAAGUUAGCCAAGGAAAAAUCUACAAAAAUUCCAGUCUGGGUGAAAUUCUUUAAUAUUCCGCUGGAGUAUUGGGAUCCGGAUGGUCUAAGUCGCGUUGCUAGUGUAAUAGGGAACCCCCUUUUCAUGGACCAGCUCACGGCUAGGGGCAGUAGGGUGGCAUUUGCAAGGUUUUGUGUUGAAAUUGAGGCGACUUCAAAAUUUCCAUCUUACUUCCAAAUAAGAUGUGAGGAUGAAGCUGUGCUAAUUAGAGUUGAAUAUCAGGGUUUUCCAUCUAUAUGCCAACAUUGUCAAAUUUUUGGACAUAACACUGAUAAGUGUGUGCCAAAGCAAGUUGCCCAAUUAGUCUCUCUUCAAAAGACAACUGAGGAAAAUGUUUCCGAUCAUGAAGAAUGA